AUGUCCUUUUUUGUACCGGUUUCCAAUGUACUCCCGGUUGUCUGCAGUGCGUCUGCAAAAAGUGUUGCUUAUCACUUGUCAUUUCACCAACUCUCACCCCUUCAGACCCCCCACGAAAAAACCGACAUGCUGAAGGAAAACCCGGUUUCAAUCGACCCGACUCGACGCCAGCACAAGCCUCGUUUGCCUGGAAAACUGGCCAUUGCUGCUGGCGCCGUGCUGUGUUUUUUAUGGUUUUCGUUGUGCCACGACUCUCGCAAGGGCCAAGCGAGCUACGCUCGCUCGGCCCAAGACCCGCUACAAAGGCACACCCGCAAUGUCACUAUUCAAGAUUUCUACGCCGGUUCUCAUGUCCAACCCAGCGCUUUGCCUAGCUCUUUGCCCGAUGAGGACCUCUACUUUCACCAUCGGAUCAAGCUUAGACCCUUAAGUCCCACAACUGUGUCACGUGACCAGUUCGACAUUUGGCUCAAACAGCAAACCCGAGUGUGUUUCGAAAAGCUCCUCGCGAAUAUUGGGGAUUCCAAUUUGAACGAUUUGCCCACGGCGGAACGAGUCUCCGAGGGUGUCGUUCUAGCGUCUCCUUCCAAAAAAAAUCCAGACUAUUUUUACCAUUGGGUUCGAGAUGGAUCUAUCACCAUGAACACCGUAGUGAAAAGUUUGGUUCCAGCGCAAGAUCCUUCCAGUUUGAAUUUGACACUCGCGGGCACCGUUCUCAAAUUUCUGAACACGUCUUUUGUUUUGCAACGCACUGAUAAUCCUUCUGGCACCUGUAAGCGGGACUUGAAGGGUCUGGGCGAACCCAAAUGGUUGGUCAACAACACUCCGUUUACGGGCAACUGGGGGCGUCCUCAAAGUGACGGUCCGGCACUUCGACUCAUUACUGUUUUCAAUUUUUUGGCCACGCUGCGUGCCUUGGAAUUACCUUUGGAAACUGUCAUCGCAGAUUUCCAAAAAACCUAUAACCAGGAUUUACAAUUGCCCUUCCACAACGAACGUGACUUAUUUGAAACGGUGGUAAAGCUCGAUUUGCAAUAUGUUGUCAAUAACUGGCACGCUGACACUUUUGAUUUGUGGGAAGAAGUGAAUGCUCAGCAUUUUUUCACGACGUUAUGUCAAUUGAAAGCGGUUCAAUUGGGUUGGCAUUACCUCACCGAAAUUCAACCAGAUUUCGAUGACCCAGAGACUCAAGUGGCUGCGUCGUCGCUAAAGCAAGAAUUUGACAAAAUCUUGAAAUUUUUGAUGGUUGACGGUGGGUUUUUGAACGCCAACAAGAACUAUAUCAUCGAGACGCCUGCAAUCUUGGGUAAAAGAUCAGGACUUGACAUUGCAGUUUUACUCGCUGCAGUGAUCACACACGACCCAGGUUUGGACGGGACUGUGGACUUCAACAUUCCCUUUGACGUUGACGAUACCGGUGUGUUGAACACUUUGCAUGGACUUGUCGCGGAAAUGCAAAUCUUGUAUCCCGUCAACCAUCAGCGUGCCAAUUUGAACCUGGGUGUCGCUUUGGGUAGGUACCCGGAAGACGUUUACGAUGGUACUGGCAUCUCGGAGGGCAACCCUUGGUUCCUUGCAACGACCACAGCGGCAGAGCUGCUCUAUAAAGUGAUUUCCCAUUUUUACACCGCCGAGACAGACUUGGUCAUCCCAUUGGAUGGAUGGACGACCCAAUUUUGGUCACUCAUCUUUGAAAAUAUAGAUUUCUCCCAGAAGACCGGCGACUCGUGGCAAUUAGUAAUUCCAUUUGAUUCUCCGGCAUAUACACAGACUAUGAUUUCUUUACUUCGGUUUGGAGAUUCGUUUUUGGACAAAGUUCGUGAACAUGUCAGUGACGAUGGGAGCAUGUCGGAACAGUUUAACAAGUACAGUGGAUUUUUACAAGGUGCAACUGAUUUGACGUGGUCUUAUGGAUCGUUUUGGAGCAGCUCGCACUGGAGAUCACAAGUGAUGUCGAAGAUGGCUUGCGCUCAGAAAUAA